CUCUGUGCUGGAGAAGAGGGGGAGGGAGAAACAGCUCUACAGCUCUUUCACAUAGGAAACGGAAGAGACGAAGCAGAGAAAAGUCAUUUCAAAACCCCGGGGCUGAGCUGAAGAUUCACUCUCUGUGCACAUCACAGCUUCCUCUAAAACUUUUAUCGGCUGUUUAGUACUCAUCUUCUUUUCUUCGUCUUCCUCUUUCUGUUUGUUGUGGCAAACAGCCCCCACCCUAAACACCAGAAGAAGAUUUCUUCAACAAAGAGGAGAUGCCCCCUCAGCCACAGGUAAGGAGAAACUUCAAGGAAUUUCUCAAGAGCUUUAUUGGGAUUGUUCGGGUCCUCCAGAUCCUCCUGGGAGCUGGACUUUGGGUCACCAUCGCAGCCAAUAAAUAUGAAGGCUCCAUUCACUUUGUGCUGUUCGUGGCCGUGUUCUUCUGGCUCCUAACGUUGGCCAUCUUCAUUCUCACCCUGCUGGAUAAACAAGACCUCGUCCCCAUCGUGGGAGGAGAACGGUGGUUGUUAAGCAAUGUGAUACACGACGUCGCCGCCACCGCGCUGUAUCUGUCUGCAGUUGGGAUCAUGAUCUACAAAACUGAUAAGAACUCUUACUGCAACUUGGCCAGCUACACAUUUCAGUGUUUGUAUAAGGUCUACCUCACCGCCUCCGUCUUCGCCUGCCUCACGGCCAGCGUCUACCUGCUCUCGGCCGUCUACGGUGUUUGUAGGAAAUGUCGAGGGGAGCAGACCGUCGUGUGAAACCCAGAGACAGAUGUCAGAGACAGAUGCAUCCCUCACGGGAAGUCCCGAGGGCCCUUUUGGAGACUGGAAAACAUUUUUCUUUUCUCUUAAAGAACUCUUGCCUUUCAGGUUCGUUUGUUGCUUUUUAUACCGUAACUUAAAGAACUUUUAAGCUUCUGCAGUCACAUGAAAGUCUAUUUUAUUUGUUUUUGUAAAUUUUUUUAGCGUUCGAGUUUAUAACCAAUGAUUUUAAAACUCAUAGCUGACAACUUGUAGCAUUGUUUUUACUCAUCUGUUUUUGACAAUACUAGAAUGUCACAUCAAAUAUUUUCUUGUAAAACACUUGAUCAGCUUCAAGAAAACAGAAAAAACUAAAUUUUUCUGACAAUCACAUUGGAAUCAGAUGUUAGCUGUUAGCAAACGGUCAAUAAAACAGAGAACAUGACAUUC